UCAGGGUCGAGGAUCAACUCUACUUUUUAUUAAAACUUCAAAAAAAUUUUUUUUCAAAGAUAUUUUGGUUGUAUAGAACACGGAGAGGGAGGACAAGCAAUUAUGGAACGUGUUGAAGAUAAGGAAAUGAGCACACUUUUAAGAAUGAUCGAAAAAUGGAUUGAACCUGGAACUUUAAUAAUUUCAAAGGAUUACACAAGUUAUUUAUUAAUGGAAAAAUUAAUACCACAAUAUAAGCAUGUAUUAAUUCGUUCUGAAGAAAACCCGGAUGUUGGAUCAUCUAAAGUUGUUGAAUUAGAGGAUGGAAGUAUUUUAAAUAUCAACACAAAUCAAUGUAUGGAUUUGUGGAUACAUUUAAGACAAAAAAUUGUAAGAAUAUCUGGAACAAGUGCAAAAUUAAGUGAUUCUUAUAUGAUGGAAGCUCUUUUCAGAAUUAACGCUAAAGCUAGAAGAGAAAGUUUUUGUAAUGCUUUUAUUAAAAAUUUGAACAAAAAAUAUUGUCUUUGA